UAACUUCUCCUUCUAAACAACCUCCCUAAAAACGUCACCCAAAAACGCACACUGAAGCUAACUGACGCAAAAGAAAGAAAGAAAAAAAAAAAAAAAGGUAAUUUCAUUUCUAAUUACCUUUUAUGCGUUUAUUUUUAAACAUCAAAUUUUCCCAAUCUUCUUUGUUUCAACCGCAAACACUGCUUCACUUUCACCAACUGGCAUCUCUUCUCUAAGGAUCUGAUUGUUCAAACCUAAUGUUCCUUUCUCUCUCUCACUCUUUUCAAUUUUCCAGGUCUAUUGAUUUGCUUUCUACUUGGUUUCGCGGCAUUUGUUUUGGAUUUCGUCUUAUUAUUUUGAUAAAUUGAUUGAAUCCUUCACAGUAAUAACUAUAAGCUACGAAUCAAAUGUGCUCUGUGGAUUUGAAUCUGAUUUACAAUUUACGCUUUCUCUGUUUCGUUAAAAUGCAAGUAAAUUUAGUGGGGAUUCUAUCCAAAUCUAAAGAGAGCGAACAAGGACGUCUGUUUCUUUCUCUAAAUAUUAUGCCUGGAAUACAUACAGGCAUACAUAGGCUUCUCUUUCAGGCAUCAGAGGAGGAAAAAGAAAAGCAACAAAUUUGUGAUAAUCCGUCGGCGACGAUAUUGAACAAGGUGGGCUCCUAUUGGCUGGGCCAGAAGGCCAACAACGAGAUCAACUUUGUUGGCCAUGAUAUCAACACUUUGGAGAUUGAGGGGGAUGUUCUUGACAAAGUGAAAUGCUAUGAAGGAGUAUUCUUUAAUUACUUUAGCAUAGGAAUGGAUGCACAAGUUGCUUAUGGAUUCCAUCGUUUAUGUAAUGAGAAACCUUACCUUGCAAAAGUUCCUAUCACGAAUAAGCUGCUUAAUGGUAAUACUGCCAUCUGCCAAACAUAUAUGGAUCAUCUACGGAUUAUAUGUCCUGAUGAUAUUAGUGACUAUACAUGGCAUAACCAAAAGGAAGGAUAG